GUCUUACAUUUAUAAGGACAUAUUAGGAAAAUAACCCUUUGACUUGGGUGUCUUAUAGAGAGAUUUCUGCAAGAAGAGCCCUUUUUAUUUUUAGCAGUGCACACUUCAGGCCAGUUAAGCAGCCAGACUGACGCAUUGUUGUGGUCAUAAGUCAGAGUGUGGACAAAAAACCUGUGCACUGAGUUGAAAAUCUUAAAGAUAAAUAAAGACCAGAGGACUUUUCAGAGUGGAAGCCUGAACUUUGACCCCAAAACCAGCAACCGCAAAAGGCGGCAAACAAACCAAAGACGACGAGAGAAAGUCGGCGAAAAGAUGAGCAGAACAGAACGAUUAUGACGCUGCCGGCGCCCAGCGAAGCGCGACUGAUGAAGCCCACUUAGAGGUGUCCCUGCUCCUUGUUCCUCCUCCGCCCCGCCAGCUUCCCUUUGGCUUUUCCUGCUCAUUUUCCAUUUGCCUGCUCCUCUUCGCAUGGACAGUGGUCAGCAGUCCUUGGCAACAUUUGCCGUUGACAGAGUGCUGGAACACGAAGAUGAAAAGCGGAGAGUGAAAAAAGGAAAAAUAUGAUUGAUGUAUUCGACUACGGGAAUACCUGGUACUAUCUUUCUACAACUGAUGGUGAACAUGAGGCAAUUCCUUUGCACGUUUAUCUCUAGAACUUUCCACUUGCACACUUUUAGCUUUCUCUCAGAAACAUUCAAGCCUUAAGAGAUCCCUAUAUACCCUCUUAGUUAUUGGAUACCACGUAUAAAAAUCAAGGAGCAGCAGCUGUGUGAGUCAGUGGCCGUGGAGACGUGUGUUGGGCUACUUGGGGUCGUCUGGACAAACAUUACCCAUCGUCGGACACCACCGGACAUGACCAAAUGAAAAUGUGUAAGGCUGCCCCUGGCGAAGUCGUCGUCGUCGCCUCCGCCGCACAAUUAUUACUUCAACUUUUCAUUUGGGUCUCUCCACUCUGCGUGUUUUUUCUGGAGUCUGGAGAUGCUGCAGGAAACCAGGAUGGCCGGAUGGAAGGAUACUCCUGGCCACGGCUUGUAAUUUCGCUUCCUGCGUCUCAUUUUUCAUAUUUCAGCGCUUUGAGUGCCAUUUGGCAAACUGCAAAACUGGAAACGGCAAAGCAAAAGGCGACUGGCCAACAAGGGAGAAGGAUUGGAAUGGGUGAGUGUGGGACAUGUUCUUGUGCCAACAGACAAACCUCAAAGUGGAAUAUGGAAGGGCGCUGCCAUCCAAAGACUGGGACCACCAUAACCAUGGUCACUUCUCUGUAGGAAGGUCGUCGUAAUUUCCCUGCGCAGAUAGUGAGGAGACUGGAAAAUGUGUUGGAAAAUAUUUGUGUUUUAAGGGAUCUUAAAGAAAUGCAAAACAUAAACGUCCUUUAUCCGUGAUCCGACCCAAUACAUUGAUAAUAGCUUGAGAUAUCUGUUUAUGAUGGUCGCGUCGAUUUCAGGCCACAAAGAAAGAGUUCAAUAGCUGCCGAAGUUCAAUGUCAAUUCGCUGACCUCUGGCAAAGUGAGGCCGAGAAAUGGGUGGCAACAGAUUGCGCAUACGACCUGUUGAAACAGUCGAAAGUCGCAGUUGCAAAAAGCCCCAGAGAACGCCGAAUAAAAACGCAGCAUUAUAAACAAAAACAGCCUACAAGGAUGGGGAGUCCAUAAAGAGGCUAGCAAAAGUACGGAAUUUAUGUGUAUAAGUAAGCCACGAAGGUCAUAUUAAAUUGCCAUAAAGAGCUAUCGAUUUUAUCUGCAACAAUGAGAGAAGGAAAAUCGCUGCGCACAAGAAAAUGCUCCAGCAUCCUAACGAGGACACUGACACCGCCGAGAAAAUGGGGGAAAAUGUGAAAAGCUGUAGGGAGAAAGAGAAAAAAAGAAACAAGGGAAAAUAAAGCAGCGGGCAGUCGAAAAAUCCAUAAAGAGGCGCGCCAGCGGAGGGGCCGAAAAGAAAAGUUUCCCUAGCUCCUAUAUUAUGAUUUGCCUCCUAGUUUUCACCCGCCCCUGCCCGCUAUCCCUUGGCCACUAGCUAAUUAGAAAAGUUUUCCCCAUCCCAGUGGCCCGAGUAGCUGAACGCUCAUAGGUGCGAGUAGCCGAGUCGCCAUUUUUUAGCCCACGUGGCGUAUGAGCGACGGAGACGGAGCGACACUGGUGUCACACCUACUUACCUACCACACGUAGCCAGGAGCUCAACCAUUGGCUGGCAUAAAUCACAGUUGCCCCCGCUGUUCCGUCUUCCCCCAUCAUUUUCCUCCUGACGAAACGGAGCACCUAACGCACUCGGAGAGACACACCUUCAUUUCUGGAGAGGAGCAGGAGCAGGAGAAGGGCAGGAGCAGGGGCUGGGUUUUAGUUAGCUCGAGUUUCCCGGCGCACCUGCUCCUCUCUCUCUCGUCUCGUCUCUCUUUCUCGCUCUCUCUCGCUUUCUCAUUUGUAUUUACCUAAGACAGCAGUGGAAAAGUGGAAAUAAAAAAGGAAAAGCUGGCAAAAAACCGAGUACCUAACGAGCGAAAGCUGCGCACCUAAACCUGCGCUACACAAAAACUCCAGACGAGCUGAGAGCACCUCACAAACACUCACGCACACUGGCAAAUGCGAAGGAGGGAAGGCGGUGGAAAAGCGGUCGGGGAAAGCGGCGGAGGAAAAGGUGAAAGCCGAGCCAACAGAUGAGAACAGACGACGUUGACGAGCACACGACGAGGGAAAAUGACGAUGACGUUGAUGGGAAACAUAAAGCUUGAGGGGGAGGGAGGUAACAGGAAAAAUAUUGGAAAAUAACUACGUAAUAGAGAAAUGUUAAAGAAAACAUAAGAAUAAAUUCCGCAAUAAAUCAUGAAGAA